AUCCCUCCCACCCGCCGCCGCCGCCGCCGCCGCCGCCCGCGCGCCUCCCCCCGCGGAGCGAGUGCGGGUCACCGGGUCACUGGGUCAUUGUCUCCGCGCCCGAACCCCGAGCACCCCGUGGAAUCCCCCACGUCAUCAUCAGAACCAUCAAUGAGAUGCAAACAUGAAAGACAAGAGGAAGAAGAAGGACCGCACCUGGGCCGAGGCUGCCCGCCUGGCACUAGAAAAACACCCCAACUCACCAAUGACAGCGAAGCAGAUAUUAGAAGUCAUUCAGAAAGAAGGGUUAAAAGAAACAAGAAAUGGAACUUCUCCAUUAGCCUGUCUGAAUGCAAUGCUUCACACUAACACUCGAAUAGGGGAUGGAACAUUCUUCAAAAUCCCUGGAAAGUCAGGCCUCUAUGCUCUCAAAAAAGAGGAGUCGUCAUGCCCAGCUGAUGGAACAUUGGAUUUAGGCUGUGAGUCUGAACUGGAUGGCGCAGAAAUGGCAGAGGCCAAUGCCAGUGGAGAAGGAAAUGGAGUUUGUGCAAAGCAGGUAACUGAUGAAGCAUCUUCCACUCGAGAUUCAAGUCUUGCUAACACAGCAGUGCAGAGCAAGUUAGUGUCUUCCUUUCAACAACACACCAAAAAGGCUCUUAAACAGGCUUUGAGGCAGCAGCAGAAAAGAAGAAAUGGAGUCUCAAUGAUGGUAAACAAGACUGUUCCUCGUGUUGUUUUGACACCAUUAAAGGUGUCUGACGAGCAGUCGGAUUCGCCUUCAGGCUCCGAAUCUAAAAAUGGUGAAGCAGACAGUUCAGAUAAAGAAAUGAAACAUGGGCAAAAAUCUCCCACUGGAAAACAAACAAGUCAGCACUUAAAACGAUUAAAAAAGUCUGGUUUGGGACACUUGAAAUGGACCAAAGCUGAGGACAUUGACAUAGAAACCCCAGGAUCUAUUCUUGUCAACACUAACUUGAGGGCAUUAAUAAAUAAACAUACGUUUGCUUCCUUACCUCAGCAUUUUCAACAAUACCUCCUGCUUUUGCUCCCAGAAGUGGAUAGGCAGAUGGGAAGUGAUGGAAUUUUACGCCUCAGUUCUUCAGCUCUGAAUAAUGAAUUCUUUGCAUAUGCAGCACAAGGAUGGAAACAGCGACUGGCAGAAGGAGAGUUUACUCCAGAAAUGCAGUUGCGGAUAAGGCAAGAAAUUGAGAAGGAAAAGAAAACAGAACCUUGGAAAGAAAAAUUCUUUGAAAGGUUUUAUGGAGAAAAGUUGGGCAUGUCAAGAGAGGACUCAAUAAAGCUUACUUCUGGACCAAACAAUGAUGGUGCUGAAAGUAGUUCUUCAUGUGGACCCACUGGCCUCCGAGGUCUUUCUGUACAGACUCCCUUGGACGAGCAACAGCCAAAAAGCAUGAAAAGUCCAACUUCACCAGAGCCGGAAUUCUGUGCUAUGGUAGAUGUAGGUAAAGACAUAAUGGCAGAAUCGGAAUCAGAAGAUAUCUUAAUCCCUGAAGAAUCUGUGAUUCAGGAGGAAAUUGCUGAAGAGGUAGAGACUAGUAUCUGCGAAUGUCAGGAUGAAAAUCAUAAGACGAUACCUGAAUUUUCUGAGGGGUCUGAAAGUCCAGCCAACUCUCACGAAGAGCCUCAGGUAGCACCUCCUGAAGAUAACUUGGAAUCCUGUGUUAUGAUGAAUGAUGUUUUAGAAACUUUGCCUCACAUUGAAGUUAAAGUGGAAGAGAAAUCAGAAUCUCCCCAGGAAGAAAUGUCGGUUGUUAUUGAUCAACUAGAGGUCUGUAAUUCUCUCGUUCCUUCCACUUCAUCUGUGACUCAUGUCAGUGACACAGAACAUAAGGAGCCAGAAGCUGCAGUAGAGACCAAUACUCCAAAAAUAAAGACAGGGUCGUCUUCUUUAGAAGGCCAAUUUCCCAGUGAAGGAAUUGCCAUAGAUAUGGAGUUACAGAGUGAGCCUGAUGAACAGCUUUCUGAAAAUGCUUGCAUCUCUGAAACUUCCUUCUCUUCCGAGAGCCCAGAGGGAGCCUGUACCAGCCUGACAUCCCCAGGAGGGGAAACCCAAUCCACUUCAGAAGAAUCAUGUACUCCAGCCUCCCUUGAGACAACGUUUUGUUCUGAGGUGUCCAGCACUGAAAAUGCAGACAAAUAUAACCAGAGAAACCCCCCUGAUGAAAACCUUCAUGCAUCUUUGAUGUCAGAAAUAUCUCCAGUAUCCACUUCACCUGAGAUAUCAGAGGCAUCUCUCAUGUCCAAUUUACCGUUAACAUCCGAAGCAUCCCCGGUAUCAAAUUUACCUUUAACAUCAGAAACGUCACCCAUGUCGGAUUUACCUUUGACCUCAGAAACGUCUUCAGUGUCUUCCAUGCUUCUCACAUCUGAGACCACUUUUAUAUCCAGUUUGCCUCUUCCUUCAGAAACAUCUCCAAUUUCUAAUUCUUCCAUGAAUGACAGAAUGCUGCAUCAGCAAAGAAAGUCCCCUUCCAUCUCUGAAGAACCACUCUCCCCACAAAAAGAUGAAGGCUCUGCCCCUGCCAAGCCCCUGGGCGAGAGCCUUCUCUCUCAACAGAGGACUCUCUCAAAUACUCCUGAACCCGUCAAUAUGGGUUCUUCCGUUUCUCCUGAAGCAUUUCCAUCUGAAGAAUUGCACAGUAAGACUCUGAGUCAGCAGCCUUGUAAAUCACACGUUGAAACUGAGAAGCCCUAUCCUGCUUCGAUUCCAGAACUUCCUUCUAUAGAAAUGAUAAAAGUUAAAAAUCAUAAUGUCCUGCAAAGAACAGAGAAGAAAGGGGCAUCUUCACCAUUGGAGUUACCGGUCUUUUCUGAAGAGACAGAGAGUAAGGGAAACGAGCUUCCAUCAGCCAAAUUACAGGACAAACAGUAUGUCUCAUCAGUGGAUAAGGCUUCCUUUUCAGAAGGCUCUAGAAAUAAAACCCAUAAGCAAGGAAGCUCACAGAACCGAUUGGAGACCUUGCAUUCUUCCAAGUUGUCCGAGCCUUCCAAGUCACCCGACGGGAUAAGAAAUGAAAGUAGAGAAUCCGAGAUAUCAAAGAGGAAAACAGCAGAGCAGCACAGUUUUGGAAUCUGUAAGGAAAAGAGGGCUAGGAUAGAAGAUGAUCAGUCAGUGCGGAACAUAUCGUCCAGCAGCCCCCCUGAGAAAGAGCAGCCCCCCAGAGAGGAGCCCAGGGUUCCACCUCUCAAGAUCCAGCUUUCCAAAAUUGGGCCACCUUUUAUUAUCAAGAGCCAGCCAGUCUCCAAACCAGAGUCUCGCGCAUCCCCUAGCACGUCGGUCGGCGGUGGGAGGAACACAGGAGCCAGGACCCUUGCAGAUAUCAAGGCCCGGGCCCAGCAGGCAAGGGCCCAGCGAGAGGCCGCGGCAGCUGCUGCUGUGGCCGCCGCGGCCAGCAUCGUCUCCGGAGCCAUGGGGAGCCCAGGAGAGGGUGGAAAGGCGAGAACCCUGGCACACAUCAAAGAGCAGACGAAGGCGAAGCUCUUUGCAAAGCAUCAAGCCCGAGCCCACCUCUUCCAGAACACUAAAGAGUCUCGGUUGCCUGUGCUCGGCUCAAAGGAUGGGCCUCCCAGCUUAGAAGUCUCUUCUGCCCCUGAAACAAAAAUCGAAGGGUCUACUGGCGUGAUUAUUGUCAAUCCAAACUGCAGAUCUCCUAGCAACAAGUCCGCGCACCUCCGGGAGACCAGCACUGUAUUGCAGCAGUCUCUUAACCCAGCUAAACUUCCAGAAACUGCCACUGACUUAUCUGUGCAUAGCUCUGACGAAAAUGUACCUGUGUCGCAUUUAUCUGAGAAAAUUGUUUCAUCUACCUCUUCUGAAAAUAGCAGUGUGCCCAUGCUUUUUAAUAAAAAUUCUGUCCCCGUGUCUGUUUGCAGCACUGCUAUGUCGGGAGCAGUUAAAGAACAUCCCUUUGUGAGUUCUGUUGAUAAAUCCUCCGUUCUAAUGUCUGUGGACAGUGCAAACACUACGAUUUCUGCUUGUAAUAGAAGCAUGUUCAAAACCAUCCAGGGAACCGACACUCCGUGCAUAGCCAUCAUACCAAAAUGCAUCGAAAGCACUCCUAUCCCCCUCACGACAGAGGGCUGCCGUGGAUCGAGCCCCAUGGAUGACAAGCCGGCGCCACUGUCCAGCAGCAGUGCUAGUAACUUAGUCUCCAGUCAGUACACCUCUGUGCCAACUCCCUCCAUCGGGAAUAACUUGCCCAGCCAUCUCUCCACUAGCUCUGUCUUGAUUCCCCCAGCGGGAGUUAAUAGCAGAUACCCUUCUGAGAAGAUAGCCAUGCCUGGGAGUGAAGAACAGGCCCCCGGACCCUUGGGUACCACUGUGAGAGCCGCCCUCGGCUGCAGGGAGUCGGUAGCAGUCACAGACGCUCUGGCUGCACGGCCACAUGUCGCAAUGUUUACUGGAAGCAUGCUAACAAUAAACUCUUACGAGAGUCCUCCCAAGUUGAGCGCCGAAAGCUUGGACAAAAAUUCAGGGCUUCGAAACAGGGCAGACAGUUCUGGGAAACCUCAGCAGCCUCCGGGGGGCUUUGCACCAGCAGCCAUAAACAGAUCGAUUCCAUGUAAAGUCAUCGUUGACCACAGCACCACGCUGACCUCCACGUUGUCUCUGACCGUCUCCGUCGACAGCGCGGAAGCCAGCUUGGACCUCCAGGGCAGGUCAGUGAGGACAGAAGCCUCCGUCCAGCCCGUGGCGUGUCCUCAGGUAUCUGUCAUCAGCAGGCCUGAGCCAGUUGCAAACGAAGGCGUAGAUCACACUUCCAGUUUCCUUGCUGCUCCCGCGGCAAAGCAAGACUGUAAACCGAUGCAGGCGGCCUGUUCAGGUCUCCGAGAAGGACCCCUUGUUGUUCCAGAUAAGUUAAAUGAGGCGACUGCUCCUAGUAAUAGCUUUGCUGAGCAGGCACGGGGCCCAGCCACUUUCCAGAGUGAAACAGACACCACCUGUAGCAAUCAGUACAACCCAGGCAACCGGAUUUGCUGGACUGAGGAGGGGAUGAGGGGCCCAGGGCAGCCUCUGGUUAGUCACUCUGGUUCAAGUAAACAGAAAGACUACCUGGAGCAGAGCUGUCCAAAGCCUAUCAAAAGCGAACACGCUGGCUACUCACACAUGUCAGAACUUCACCCCAGGAAUCUCAUGACAAAUGUCCCUCUCCCGGUGAAGUCUGAACCUCAUGAAGUGGACAAGGGCUUUAGAAUGGACACCGAAGACUUCCCCGGCCCCGAGCUGCCUCCUCCGGCCGCAGAGGUCGCCCCUGGUGUGCCGCAGGCACAAAACAUGAAGGCCUCCACUUCCGGCCCCAUGGAAGAGGCGAUCUCCUUGGCUGUGGACCCCCUGAAAAGAGUCCCCAGCGCAGGGAGCUCCGGCUGCCGUCUCUCAUCCGUGGAGGCUAACAAUCCACUGGUGACACAGUUGCUCCAGGGCAACCUGCCUUUGGAAAAAGUGUUGCCUCAGCCCCGAUUGGGAGCCAAGCUCGAAAUCAACAGACUUCCUCUGCCUCUUCAAACUACCUCAGCGGGUAAAACGGCACCAGAGAGGAACAUUGUAGAAAUGCCGUCCAGCUCUCCAAAUCCAGACGGGAAGGGCUACCUGGCAGGGACCCUUGCACCGCUGCAAAUGAGAAAGCGAGAAAAUCACCCCAAAAAGAGAGUCGCCAGGACUGUGGGGGAACAUACACAAGUUAAAUGUGAGCCAGGGAAGUUGUUGGUGGAGCCAGAUGUUAAAGGGGUGCCUUGUGUCAUCAAUUCGGGCAUGAACCAGCUAGGACACGGCCAGCCUUUUAAGCAAGAGUGGCUGAACAAGCACUCCAUGCAGAACAGAAUUGUUCACAGCCCUGAGGUCAAACAGCAAAAGCGGCUGCUCCCCUCGUGUAGCUUCCAGCAGAACCUAUUUCACGUCGAUAAGAAUGGCAGCUUCCACCCCGAGGCUGGCAUCGCACACCGGCAGCAGUUUUACCAAAUGCCCAUGGCUGCCCGGGGCCCCGUCCCCAGCGCCGCGCUAUUACAGGCCUCUGCCAAGACCCCAGUGGGCUGUAACGCGUUCGCCUUCAAUAGGCAUCUCGAACAAAAGGGGUUGGGAGAGGUUGGCCUUUCUUCAGCACCUCACCAGCUGAGGUUAGCCAACAUGAUAUCCCCCAACGUGCCCAUUAAAGAAGGCGAUGACGUGGGAGGGGCCGCGCACUCCCUGCCGAACAAAGCACUGGUGCAUCCCCCGCCCCCGCCGCCCCCCCCACCCUUGGCUUUGCCUCCGCCUCCCCCACCGCCACCUCCGCUACCUCCACCUCUUCCGAAUGCAGAAGUCCCCUCCGAUCCGAAGCAACCGCCGGUUGCCAUGGAAACCACUAAGCGACUUAGUUGGCCACAGUCCACGGGCAUAUGUAGCAAUAUAAAAUCGGAACCUCUUUCUUUUGAGGAAGGUUUAAGCAGCAGCUGUGAACUGGGCAUGAAACAAGUUUCCUAUGACCAGAAUGAAAUGAAAGAACAGUUAAAAGCAUUUGCGCUAAAAAAUGCAGAUUUCUCUUCCUAUUUGCUUUCUGAGCCACAAAAGCCUUUUACCCAAUUAGCUGCUCAGAAAAUGCAGGUGCAGCAACAACAGCAGCUCUGUGGAAAUUAUCCAACAAUACACUUUGGUAGCACGAGCUUCAAAAGGGCGGCAUCUGCAAUUGAAAAGUCCAUUGGGAUUUUGGGAAGCGGCUCCAGUCCUGCCACGGGCCUGCCUGGUCAGAACGCUCAGAUGCCCGUGCAGAACUUUGCCGACAGCAGCAACGCGGAUGAGUUGGAACUGAAAUGCUCUUGCCGGCUGAAAGCCAUGAUCGUGUGCAAAGGCUGUGGGGCCUUCUGCCACGACGACUGCAUAGGUCCCUCCAAACUCUGUGUGGCUUGCCUGGUUGUGCGGUAAGAGCUGGUGAAAGAUGCAGUAUCCCUUUUCAACACGGAAAAGCCAAACGGCGUCAGCAGCAACAAAUUGAGUAACUCAGUGGUUUAUAUCGUGAUAAUUUAUUUUACUUUGGAACAGAUUAUCUUUUCUCUCUGGGAUUAUUUACUUGCAUUUCCCAGAAAGGGGAGGUCACGUCCCAGCAGAGUGGCUCAUCAGCAUGUCUUUUACAGAUUAAGUUGCCAUUCCCAGCUUUGGAAAAUUUCUGUCCACGUGUAUACAGGUCACUACCCCAUUCGUUAUUAUUAUUAUUAUUAUUAUUAUUAUUAUUAUUAUUUUUAAUCCAGGUGUAGAUAGGAAAAGGACAUUUUUAAUUACUUACUGCUAACCAGAAAUGCAGAUGUAGAAAGAGAACGGGGAAAAGUGAUUUAAGGUGGUUGGUGAUUCAUUCUCUUGUAGAUUAACCAUUGCAACAAAGGCUUUCACAGUUGACUCUUCUGGACCUACCUUUACCACAGUGAUGCAACCGUAUUUGGAAAGGGGAAUCUUAUUUAAAUGUACGAUUCCUUGUAUUUGCUCCUAUCUCAAAAGAUACAUUAAAGGAGGUAUGCCAUUCAUGAACUCCACUGUCCUUAUUCUCUUCCCUCCCUUGUCACUCUUUUCAGAGCCUGGCAGAACGUCUGGCUCUGCCUUGGACCUUGUGCACACAUUGUAGUGAAAUGUGUCUUCUACCUGAAGUUGCAGUGUGGGCCUCAUGCCCGGUAAUCUGGUUCGAGCCCUUUGACACCUGAUACCGUCAGAUGAGUUGACCAGCAGAGGGCCAUAGGCCCGUAGAAUUUCAGAGCGUCAUGUGUAGCUUUAAAGAGCAAGUAUGGAAAAAAAAAAGAAAAUGCCCUAAAAUUAAAAGUAAGCAAAUAAAACGCUGUGUAUGCAAACACAUACAAAUGGGUUGUAAUGUUACUACUGGUCCAUUCUGUUCACUCUAAAGACAAUUACUAAACACUAAAAGGGAGGGGGGCAGAAAUAAUUGUAGCCCUUUAUGGAUGACACCAGUACAUUCUGGCUUCCGACUCUGCAGAGGUUGGCCACCUCUCUUUUAAAGUGUCAUUGAUGACAAAAAGGAACUACCGAAGGGUGAAGUGUUGAUAGAUUUCUGAAUAAUGUUUUUCUCAUGAUUCACAAUCUAUAUAUUUGACUCGAAAAUAGCCCUUAUUUUAAAAACCCGUUCUAGGUGUCGCAUGUUUUGGGGUUUUUAACCCCCUCAGGUGAAUUCGGUACAUUCUUCAUAUUUGGGGGAGUGGAACUGCUUUUGAAAACGGGAUACUGCAUCUUACAAUUAUGGUCCGUGUUUAUCCAGUGAAGUCUGAGUGUUGAGGAUGGGAGCUACAUUCCACAUGCUUUGGCCACCCUCAUGCCAGAGAACAGCUGUAGGUCAGCAGGCUCUGUUCCUUAAAGCAAGUUCAAAAGCACAUGCACAUGGUGGAAAGAUGAAAGGCAGCAAAAACCACGCCCCUUUAACUUCAGAUUACCGAGCACAAAAGGCGGAGUGCCAUUAACUCACUGAUUGACUGUGGCCGUAGAAUUAAAAAAAAAGAAACAAAACAUGGGUGUGGGAGGGAUCAUCUGUAUCCAGGGUAAGAAUGACAGACAUUUUCGCAUCAAUGUAAACUUCUGACAUUCCCUUAAAAACGUGUCUUAAAAAUUACCUGGAAUGAGCAGAGAUUACAUUCCUGGGGGGGGGGGGCGGGGGAAGAAAGAACACUUGUGAUUUUUUUUAAUAGUAUUCCACUAUGGUACAUGUAUUUUUUUCCUCCAUAUUUAUUAUUGUGAUGUUGCCAAAUUUUGUUAGGUGAUGCAGACGUCACAUUUAUUAAGAAAUUGCUAAUAGUGAAAGAUACUUAAAAAGAAAGAAAAGCAAAGAAGGGUCUGCCUCCGUGGCUGAGAUUUGGUGCUUCAGUACUCGUGCUUCUGUUUUUCCACACUGAAAGGAACAAAGUUUCAUGACUGAGAAAUUAGCAGGUGCACUUAACCAGCCGGUCCAGGGAAGGCAGGGUAAGUUCCAGUGGAUCCUUACUUAGUCCACUCUGCACCAGGUUGUGUUUGGGUGGCGUCCUCUCUGUGGGCUGCUUGGCCUGCAGUAGUAUCUUGGUUCAGAAAAGCAUGCUCUAGUCUCACAGAAGGGCCCCCCCUAAAACGGAGACACUUGUAUGCCAACUCCUUCCAGAUCCAGUUGCCGCUCUUUUGGUCAGGUACUGUCCACACCAGCAGAUUCAAAAUCACUACAUCAGUAACUGGCACGGUGUUGAAAGACACUUCAUUCUAUAAAGCUUUGCACUCUGUAUAUGACAUACAGUUGAGCCUGAAGUGAUGCUGAGCUCAUUAUCAGUUCCAUCUUUGUGGAAUACUGCCUGCAAGUUACUGGGAAUAAAGUGUCCUUCUGUAUGUUUUGAUUUUUCACACAGUAGGUGAUUUUUCACAUAGUUUGGGAGAAUUGAUUGUUGAUCGGGCAUGGAUUCAGUCACCCAGGUCCAAAGAGGGUAUUUUUUCUGUGCCCUUUAUCUUUUUUGCCCCAGUUUAUCUUUGCUCUGUUCACAUAUGGUUUAUAUAACUGAAAAGUUGAUAUCUUUGGGCUAAAAUAAUGAUGGAAAGAAAAAUUCAGAAGUAAAAUGUGGGUCAGAUAUUUUACA